AUGAGCUAUAUACGGGGAUCAGACUCGGACUAUGAUGAUGAUGAUUGGGACUGUGAGUAUGACUCCACAUGGGAGGACGAAGAUAAAACAUUCAAAAAGAAGAAAAAUAAUCCGUCCACAAGGAGUCGUAGGAACAUGUAUGCUGCAAGGGACAUGCAAGAGUUUCGGCGUAGUCUCAGACGGACCAAAAAUGAAGGGAGCCUCUUACAGUCACUCUCUUGCAUGCAAACCCAUUGCCAGGGUCCCUUCUACAACCUGGAGUUUUACAAAGGUUCAAGGAGAUCAAAGCCAGAUAGUGUAAGCAUUUAUGAAUUUCAUAAAGAAUGGAAGGGUAAAUAUGAUAGGCUGGAAAGAGUUCACUCCUACAUUCAGUGGUUGUUUCCAAUAGAAGAGAAAGGGAUGAACUGGGAAGCACAUGUUCUCACAAAAGAAGAAAUCAAGCAAUUUCGUAAAGACAACGAAGCGAAGGGCAAUUUGUUGAAAUCAUAUGAACUCAUGUUGGAUUUCUACGGUAUACGCUUGGUCAAUGAUCACACUGGAGAAGUAACACAUGCUCAUAACUGGAAGGAACGAUUUGACAACCUGAACAGAAAUACGCACAACAACCUUUGGAUUACACGCAUCCUGAAGUGUCUUGGGGCGCUCGGAUAUGAGCAUUUUCAGGAAAAACUGGUCAGGUUUUUUCUCCAAGAAACUCUUGUAGAGAACAGGCUUCCAAAUCUGAAACAAAGUGUACUAGAUUACUUCAUAUUUGCUGUUUUAGACAAGUCACAAAGACAGGAUCUGAUUAGGUUUGCGUUUUGUCAUUAUCAACCCCAAAAAGAUUUUGUGUGGGGACCCAAAAAGAUUCUGUUACGCACUGCAUUGUAUGAAUGUGCGAGCAAUGAAACCAAGAUUGUUCCAGGGUAUGAAUCUACAGCAUCUGGGGAAAGGAAAAGAACACCUAGUAGCCGCAGUAACACUGAAUGAAGUAUUAGAGAAAUUACCAAUAAGCAAAAAACCUCCAAUGAAAAUAAGAAAAAAUGGCAAGUUAAAGGUGAAAGACCAUGUCAGCUUAAAGAGUCCACAUGGUACAGGAGAGAGAAUGUUUUUGCAACGUCAAUCAAAAGUCUAAUAUUUGAUGGUUUUAAAAAAGAUUAAACCUGUGUGGUGUGUAGAAAAAUCUGACAGAAAUAAAGUGAUAAAACAAAUGGCAAUGUAAAACAUUUUUUUGUUAAUUUCAUAAGUUUUGACUUAAAUUCUGAUUUAACAUGUAUUAUUGCUAAACUGAUACAGAUAACAGGAGAUUAGAAACAUUAUUUUCUACUGGCUAUAGGUUUACAAACAUGUUUUUUAAUAUGUAUUCAUUAAUUAAAUUAAAAACUUGAGAAAGAAAUGAAGUAAUUACAUUUUUGUGAAAAAUGAAUAUUUGUUAAUAAUAUUUUCAUGAUUUUUCUGCUUUUUGUACUCUGAUGAAGUAGAACUUUUGUCUUGUAUGUUUAAAUUUGAAGUGUAAGAUUAUAAAAGUUAAAUUAUAUAAUUUCUUUACUGUUUUCACUUUUGAAGCUAAUAAAAUUGUAUUACCACAAUGACAAAAUUGUUGAAGAAAGUGAU